AUGACAGCAACAAACGGAAAGACGGUUUCGAAGCAGACUGUCGAAUACCCGUCUCGAUCUACCGCACUUCUUGAGAGGCUUCAAGGUUUUGAUCAGUAUCAAAAUGGGACCAAUCGUGGCAACCAAGUCUCCCUACGCAUCCUGGUCGUCGGAGCUGGGCUUGGAGGUCUUGCUACCGCGGUUGCUUUGGCUCGCCGGGGACAUGAAGUAGUUGUGUUGGAACAAGCAGCGGUUCUUGGGGAGGUCGGUGCUGGGAUUCAAAUCCCUCCAAAUUCUGCCAGGCUACUCCUCAGCUGGGGUAUUGGCCCAUACUUCAAAGAUCGUGCCAUCAAGCCAGAGAGCAUGACCUUCCGCAGGUGGGAGAACGGGACUCCUCUCGGCUAUACUAAGCUUGCAAACAACUUUGAGGAGUCUUACGGAGCUCCCUACUUUGUUAUCCACCGGGCUGAUUUCCACUCCUCUCUUUGUCGCCUCGCGGCCGAUCUUGGAGUACAGAUCAUUACCGACAGCAGAGUGGUGGAUUACAAUGAAUCUACACCCUCUGUAUCGACUCUGGAUGGCCGUGAGUACAGUGCCGAUCUCAUCGUCGCGGCUGAUGGAGUCAAGUCUCGUGCCCGGUCGGUUAUCCUUGGCGGACCAGACUUGCCCCCUCAAAGAACAGGUUUUGCUGCAUACCGUGCCACUGUCGAUACCGAGGAGAUGAAGGGAGACUCUGACACAUCGUGGCUCUUGGAGAGGCCAGGCAUCAACAUCUGGAUCGGCGAGGAUCGGCAUGUCAUGACUUAUUGCAUCGCUGGAGGAAACUCGUUCAACAUGGUCUUGUCUCAUGUUGACCACUCGUCACCCAACACAUGGGACGCAGAGAAUGCAAUCGAUGACAUGAGAAAGUCGUUCGAGAACUGGGAUCCAAAAUUGUCUAAAGUCAUCGGAAUGAUCAAGCAUACUAUCAAGUGGCCUUUGAUGAGUGGCUCUCGGUUGCCAACUUGGAUCUCACAGAGUCAAAAGGUCCUGAUCCUAGGCGACGCCGCACACGCCAUGGUGCCAUACAUGUCCCAGGGGGCAGCAAUGGCGGUGGAAGACGGCGCAGCACUAGCUGAAGCACUCUCCAACAUCAACUCCAAGCAGAAGGUGCCUGAAGCUCUUCAUUUGUUUGAAAAGGAAAGAAUGAACCGCAGUUACGCCAUGCAGGCUGCCAGUUUGGUGAAUGGGAAGCUGUGGCAUUUUCCUGAUGGUCCUCAGCAGCAGGCGAGGGAUCUUGGGAUGAGGGCUGAGGUUGAGGGAAGGCCUUUUGUGGAGAGCACAAACCAGUGGAGCGAUCCAACGACGCAGAUCUGGGCUUAUGGCUAUGAUGCAGAGAAGGCCGUCAGGGAGCAGUGGCGGAGGGCUGAGAAGCAACAGUCUGUAGAGAGCGCGUUAUAG